AAAGCGCAGUGAGGCACCUCCCGCGUGUCCGCGUCUCCAGGUGCGAGUGUCGCGCUGUGGGCCGGGGUCGGGAUCGCGCAGCCUCGCUCGUUCGCAGCGCUCCCCACCUCCGCAGACAUGCGCUGCUCCGAAAGUGAUGCGCGCGGACGCGAACGCUGAAGCGCGCCUCGAGGCUCCCCUCCGCGCCGGAGCGCGAGCCCUUUGUGCUUCCGUGCCGCGGCUCGCGCGCUACUGCUGCUUCGCGUCGGGAGCGGCGCGCAAGGCGCGCAGCGCCCAGUCGCGUGGCAUCCGGCUACAGGCAGACUUGGCCAAGAUGAGCUUGCACGGUAGCAGCGGGGUGUACGACCGCUCGCGAGACCGCCGACGCUCCAGCGACCGCUCUCGGGACUCCUCACAUGAGAGGGUCGAGAGCCAGCUGACCCCGUGCAUCCGGAAUGUAACGUCACCCACCCGCCAGCACAACAGCGACCGCGAGCGGGAGACAAGCUCCUCGUCCCGGCCCAGCAGUCCGCGACCCCUGAAGGCCUCCCCAAACGGCUCCAGCAGCAGCGGCGUGACCAGCAGCCGCAACAGCAGCCUGUCUAGCAGCGAUGGCACCUGCAAGGGCCUGGGUGCAGGGAUGGCUGCGGGGAUGGCCGGGAGCGAGAUGGUCUUUGUCUACGACAACACCAAGGAAGGCACCCGCAGCCUCAGAACUUCGGAGAGGGUCACACUCAUCGUAGACAACACGCGCUUUGUGGUUGACCCAUCCAUCUUCACUGCACAGCCCAACACUAUGCUGGGGAGGAUGUUUGGAUCCGGGAGGGAGCACAAUUUCACUCGACCCAAUGAGAAAGGGGAAUAUGAAGUGGCCGAGGGAAUCAGCUCGACCGUGUUUCGAGCUAUUUUGGAUUACUACAAAUCGGGGGUAAUCCGCUGCCCUGAUGGCAUCUCGAUCCCAGAGCUGAGGGAGGCGUGCGACUAUCUGUGCAUCUCCUUCGACUACAGCACCAUCAAGUGCAGAGACCUCAGUGCCCUGAUGCACGAGCUAUCUAAUGAUGGAGCACGGCGCCAGUUUGAGUGCUACCUGGAGGAGAUGGUGCUGCCCCUGAUGGUGGCGAGCGCACAGAGUGGUGAGAGGGAGUGCCACAUCGUGGUGUUGACAGAUGAUGACGUGGUGGACUGGGACGAGGAGUACCCCCCGCAGAUGGGCGAGGAGUAUUCACAGAUAAUAUACAGUACAAAACUGUACCGUUUCUUCAAGUACAUCGAAAAUCGAGAUGUUGCCAAAUCGGUUUUGAAGGAAAGGGGUCUAAAGAAGAUCAGAUUAGGCAUUGAAGGCUACCCCACGUACAAGGAGAAGGUGAAGAAGCGCCCCGGCGGCCGUCCAGAGGUCAUAUACAACUACGUCCAGCGUCCCUUCAUCCGCAUGUCUUGGGAGAAAGAGGAGGGCAAGAGCCGCCAUGUGGACUUCCAGUGCGUCAAGAGCAAGUCCAUCACGAACCUGGCAGCAGCUGCAGCCGAUAUCCCCCAGGACCAGCUGGUGGUGUUGCACCCUGGGCCGCAGGUGGACGAGCUGGAUGUGCUGCCCCACCACCCACUGCCUGGCAACCACUACAGCAACAGCGACCCGGACCCCGACGUGUCCUCGCCUGCCGUCUGAAACCAGCACCCCACCACCACACCCCGCCCCCCAGCAUGCUGCAGCAAGGAGUGAGUGCCACUGACAAAAAAAAAAAAA